CUCCAAACUUUGACUUUGUCUUCACCGACACCAACACUCAUUUCUCCGCAACCAACAAACGCCAAACACUAAACAAAACCCUUCGCAGAUUAAACGAUAUGGCUUCCAAGAAUGUUUUCCUAAUAUGGGGCGGCGAAGGCUGGGUUGCUGGACACUUGAAGACUCUCCUCGAGAGCCAAGGAAAGGAAGUCCACACCACGACAGUUCGCAUGCAAAAUCGAGAAGGUGUCAUCGCGGAGCUGGAGAAAGUCAAGCCUACACACGUCCUGAACGCUGCUGGUUCAACUGGACGACCGAAUGUCGAUUGGUGCGAGGAUCACAGGGAGGAGACUAUCCGAAACAAUGUUAUCGGUACCCUCAACUUGACCGACUGCUGCUUUGAGAGGGGCAUUCACAUCACCGUCUUCGCUACUGGAUGUAUCUAUACCUACAAUGACGAACACCCAAUUGGCGGCCCAGGAUUUCUCGAGACUGACAAGGCCAACUUCGCUGGCUCAUUCUACUCGGAAACCAAGGCACACGUCGAGGAGGUCAUGAAAGCAUACUCCAAUGUUCUCAUUCUCCGACUCCGAAUGCCAGUCAGCGACGACCUCCAUUCCCGCAACUUCGUCACCAAGAUCGCCAAGUACGAGCGAGUGGUAGACAUUCCCAACUCCAAUACCAUUCUCCACGACCUCCUCCCAGCCUCUAUCCUCAUGGCCGAACACAAGGAUAUCGGUAUCUACAACUUCACAAACCCAGGGGCCAUCUCCCACAACGAGGUUCUGUCCCUCUUCAAGGAAUACGUCCGCCCAGACUUCACCUGGAAGAACUUCACGCUGGAGGAGCAAGCCAAGGUCAUCAAGGCCGGCCGAAGUAACUGCAAGCUUGACACCACGAAGUUGAUCAACAAGCUCAAGGAGUACAAGUUCGAGGUCCCAGAGGUUCACGAAGCGUACAAGCAAUGCUUCCAGCGCAUGGCUGCUGCUGGUGUGAAAUAGACUCGCCUAGAUUUUCCUUUUUUUAAUAUUUUUUUAUUUAAAAAAAGUCGUUUGAGGAGCUUAGAAUUCACAUGGGAGAUGCUAGCUAAUGAAGACAAGAAUCAAGACCUCUUUUUUUGUUUUGUACAAUGGAUAAUGUGCAAGUAACUGAAUUGGGAAAGCAUUUCUCAAUGGCAAACUGCAUUGUGUGACUUAUGAAUAAAAAAAGAAAUUAC